AUGCCUCUUGAUCACAAACUAACGCUCACAAUUCCGUUUGAGACGCCCAAGCAAGCGGCGAUUGCACAAAGGGCCAUCUCAGUCGAUCCGGUUCUUAAAAAAGAUGAGAUUUCCGUUUCUUAUCAUGCCCAAGACACAAGGCUCAUUUGUGAGUUUUGUGGCGUCAGCGAUCGGGUGAUUCGUGUGGCCAUCAGCAAUGCCAUAGAUAACAUCAAGACCAUCAUAGAAUGCAUGGACGAAUUUGACGGGGAAGAGGGAACGUUGUUUGAGAAAUAA